UUUUCAUCAUUCCAUCAGUUCAGUUUUUUGGUGUGAGCUCACAUCAAUUUUGCAUACACACGUUCAGUUGUUCACAGAAUUUUUCACACCGAACUAACCGUGUGUAGCCCGCUUAAUCUGUCAUUCAUUGGUAAACUCACCCUAUGUAAAGAAAUUAAAAAUCAACAAGCAACAAUUGAUUUAUUGCAAUCACUGAGUUAAAAGUAAAACAUAUCGAUGAUUGUUCUUGUUAGAUUCUUCCGUUCUAUCUUCACACUGAUAUUAGUACUUAUUUUUCUCUUAUAAUUUUUUUAUAAAAAAAACAAGAUCCAAUUUUUCUUCUCUAUGCCAGACCCUUUCGCCGCUCAGCUUUGAGCAGUUUAUUUUGAUUAACGUAUCCUAUCCCUACCUAGCCCAUUUGUGAUUGACUUGGAAAGACGGCGCCUUUAUUGUGAAGUUUGUGUUUAUAAAUAGUGUUGGUUAGUUUUGAAAAGAUAGACUGUUACGCUGUUUCCUUAUUGGCUUAUUUCAUAAUUUGAAAAGGAUAAGAUGACAGGAGAAUCAAGAACUGAGUUUAAAUUGAAAUCUCCUCCAGAUGAUGGAAUUUCAUCUGUAAAAUUUGGACCAAACUCUUCUCAGUUUUUAUUAGUGUCAUCAUGGGACUGUACUGUAUCACUAUAUGAUGUUCAAACAAAUAAUUUAAGAAUAAAGUAUUCUCACGAUAGACCUGUCCUGGAUGUCUGUUUUCAGGAUGCUGUUCACAGUUUCAGUGGAGGACUGGACAAUACACUCAAAAUGUAUGAUUUUAAUAGUAAUUCUGAGAGUGUAUUGGGUUCUCAUGACAAUGCUAUAAGAGCAGUGGAAUAUUCAAGUGAAGUGAAUGGAAUACUCACUGGGAGCUGGGACGCCACAGUGAAGAUGUGGGAUCCAAGGGCAUCUCGAUGUGUUGGAAAUUAUACACAACCAGAUAAGGUGUAUACGAUGAGUUUAUGUGGUGAGAAGUUUGUUGUGGGAACUGCAGGACGUAAAGUAUAUGUCUGGGAUCUGCGUAAUAUGGGCUACAUCCAGCAGCGGCGAGAAUCUAGUCUGAAAUAUCAGACUCGAUGCAUAAGAUGUUUCCCAAACAAACAGGGAUACGUGUUAAGUAGUAUUGAAGGAAGAGUUGCAGUGGAAUAUUUGGAUACUGGAGCAGAAAUGCAAAAGAAAAAAUAUGCUUUUAAAUGCCACAGACUUAAAGAAGGAGGCAUAGAGAAAAUAUACCCUGUCAAUGCCAUAAGUUUUCAUCAGGGUUACAACACAUUUGCAACAGGAGGUUCUGAUGGAUAUGUCAAUAUUUGGGACGGUCAGAAUAAGAAAAGGUUAUGUCAGUUCCACCGGUACAAUGCUUCUAUUGCCUCUUUGUGUUUUAGCCAUGAUGGCUCAGUUCUUGCGAUAGCCUGUUCAUACAUGUAUGAAGAAGAUACUCCUCCUGAUCCAAUGCCAGAGAAUAAUGUCUUCAUACGCUACGUCACUGAUCAAGAAACAAAGCCAAAGUGAUUUAUAUCCAUCAAGAUGUAAAAGACUACAACCUUCCACUCAAAAAUCUUUUCUAUUGCAUUUUAUGGGAUAGUAUAAUAAAUUAUUAUUGUGUACAUUUA